GGAGGCCGGACUGUCUGUCCCCUGGAGGGAGGCCUGGAGGAGGAGGGAGGGGGGGUGCAGAUGGGCCCUGGUCUCGAGCAUUCAACAGGCUUUAAGCACCUGUCCUGUCCCUGGUGAAAAGAGCAAAACCCUCACAGGCAUCGCUUUUUGACCACCCACUUCCCCUUCACUCAUUCACUCCAUUACAGCUUUCCCGGAAUUCCCGGAAUAACUGCAAUUUGCCCCAUUCUUUGAGCACCUUCAGUAUCCCUCAUACAAAUUACUGUCUUCACAAAUAGGUAAAAACGCCUUCGCGAUGAUUUCCUUCGUCAGUGUUCUCUUGACAAAGCAGUUAACGCGUUCAGCUGUUGGUUAGUUUGUGCAUUCAUGCGUUCAUUUUGUACACGGUUCUUGAGCUUCUGAGAUUAACAACCGUUUUUUCAAACACUUCCCAUGCCCCAGGCAUCCUUCUUUGUAGUGUGCAUGCUUUACCCCGCAAGGCUGUAUUGAGAAUUAUAUGCUAUUUUUCCCUUUGGGCAGCUGAGAAAACUGGCUGAGAGGCUAAGAUAAGGGUUGACAACUCCAUUGUCUUCAGGGCUCAGGUGAAACAGCCCAGUGUAAGAAAGUAAGGAAUGAUGAAAUAAUAACAGACACCAGGUCUUUGUAGCAGGGACCACAGAGGUGUGACUGGGGUGAAAUGGAGAGCAGGCCCUAUCUAAUCAACUCCAGCUAAUGGCCACCAGGUGAAAAUGAAGAGCCGGUGUUGCCAGAAUUGGGGGCAGAAGUCGGAAAUCCUGGCUUUGGAUAUGUGCAGGUGAAAUUUGUCUGUAUUCGGACUCAGUCAAACAGGAAGAGAACCUCAGAGGCGGACAUGUGCCCAGCGUACUUGCUUCUGCGGUACAAUGAGAAACUGGAUAGACUGUUUAUCAGUGAACUCAACACCCAGCAUAUCCAUGUUGACUCCAAAACUGCAAGUCCUAGAGGAGACACCGCUGGCAAAUCUCAAAAGACAGUGUGCCUGCAGAAAUCCCAGCCCGCGCAGCCCGCUAUCAAGAAAGACCUUGACCUGGCCGAGAAGUCCCCCGUUGAACCAUCAUUUUGCUUAGAUAAGGUCCAAGCACCCUCAAAGCCAGAGCAGGAGGGCAUCACUCCUUCUGACCUGGCCAAGAUAGCAAAAGUGAUGAAAAACUUUCUUAAGGUGGAUGAGGGUUCCAUGGCCUCUCUCAGUGUGGGCAACAGCCAAGACCUGGACCGGCUCAGCUUCCAGAGCAGCAAGAUGAGCGAUCUAUUCAUCCGCUUCCCAGAGAAUCUCUUGCUGCACCGGGUGGAGAACGCCCAGGGCCACAUCCUUUAUGCUUUCUUGGUGGAGAACAAGGAACGAGAGGGUCGCGUGGUACACUUUGCAGUGCUUCAGGCUGAGACAGCUACCUCCGUGGCCAAGAUGCUGAGUAUCUUCACGGAGUUCAACUCAGAUUGGCCCAAGGUCAAGGUGGUGUUUGUGGACCCAUCCUUCCCUCAUCGAGCCAUCCUGCAGGAGAUCUUCCCUGCUGCGCGCAUCCUCCUCUCCAUCUACCACACCACCCGGCUCCUGGAGAAGAAGUUGCAUCGGAGUUCAGCAAAUCCAUCCUUUAAAAGGCUCAUGAAGGAAGCCCUCCGGGAGGCCGUGUUUGUCACUUCUGAUGCCAGCCUGCAAAAUCUCUGUCAGAUGUCCCAAGCCUUACUAGAUGAGCAGCUCUUUGGCUUCCUGCAGGCCCACUGGUUCUCCUGUGAACUGCUCUGGUACAUGCAUGUGAGGAAAGGCCUGCACGCGUGUAACACGUACAUGGACAGCCUAGACGUGGUCACCAGCAAGGUGUCCAGCCUCUUCCGGGAACAGCAGUGUCUGCUGGACUGCAUCCUCCGCUUUGUGGAUUAUAUAGACUUCUUUAAUACCAAAGGCUUGAAGAACUUGCCCACAGCUCCUCCCAAGUUAAAAAGAGCCCGGCCAGCCAGCAUGCCACCAAAGCCCAAGAAGGCGUUUGGAGUCUGUGGGGGGAGCCUCACCAGGCUCCCCGUGGAAGAGACCAAGCCAGGCCCGCAGCGGGGGCAGCUGCGGCAACAGCCACAGGUGCGGCCCUCCCAGGGCGGCAUCUCCCAGGGCGGCAUCUCCCAGGGCGGCAUCUCCCAGGGCGGCAUGCUAGACGCCUUGCACAGCAGUGGCUCCCAACUGGCCUAUAAGCUAUGCCAUAACGAGUGGGAGGUGGCACAGAACUCCACCCACCUGGUGGACAUGGCUGGCUCCUCAGUGGACAUUCAGCUACUGGAGGAUUCUCACCAGGUGAGCAAAGAUGGCUGUAGCUGCAGCUGUUCCUUUCAACGGUGGUACCACCUGCCAUGCCGGCACAUUUUGGCCCUGCUGCACACCAGCCAGAAGCCCGUGGGAGAAGCCAUGGUGUGCCGCCGGUGGCAGAAGAGGUACCAGCACCUCCUUGGGCCCAGUGGGGAGCUCCGGGACCCCGUCAUAGUCCCAAACACAGGCCAGCCUGGGAGGCAAGGACGGAGUGACAUGAUUCAGGACCUAAGCAGGGAGCUAGCAAACCUGCUCAUGCAGAGCGAGGGGCCAGAGUUAGAGGAGCGCUGUUCCACCCUGCGCAAGAUUGUGGACAUCUGGGCAGACCCCUGCCAGCCGCCUGAGCCCAGUCAGCAGCCAGAGGACUUCAAGGAUGUGGGCCGCCUCCCUUUCCUCUGGGGAAAGCCAGAGGAAGGGGAGGGACUCCCUCCCACCGGAGCCACGAUUCGUGAUUGAAGCACUGGCACUGGCACAUUGGACCACAGGCCCCUGUCCUUGGAAGUCUGAGAGCUCAAGGCAGGCGGGACAUGCUAGGGGCCAGCAUUCUCACCAGGGUCUUCCUAGGUAGGGCUAGGAAGAUUGUUACAACAGGGGGAGGAGGAACCCCAGUGGGUGACAGGUCCUUUGAAUCCACCUCCUUUUCUGCCCUACCUUUGUCAUUCCUUGGGAGCCUCCUUCAUUGUCAAGGCCAAAGUUACCUCCAUGCUGAAAGGUCACCCCUCUUUCUGCCCUGAUUCCUGAGAUCAGAUCUUAUUCCCAUUAGAGAGGUGAACUCCUGCCCCAGGAUAGGGUGAGACAAAAUAUACCUGGUAAAAGGACCUGUUUUCGGGGAGGAAGGGACGGAGGGUGACCUUGGCUGUUGCUGCUCUUUACGAAGAUUCUGUUAUUUGUACUUAUUUUUUUCAUAGUAAAUAAAGGUUGUGUGUUUUUAAUAAAUAA